CCAGGCCAGGGCAUGCAAGUGAUUAACAAUACAUACUCGUAUAAUAUAUAAUAAAGUUGAGAUAGUUAAUUCCAGUACGUACUAUACGUUACAUAUAUACGUACGUAGAGAGAAUACAUACAAUAAUACAUAUAUGGCUCAUUAUUGGUUGUUGGUUGUGUUAAUAAUUUGCAUGAUGAAUAUUUAUGCGGGGAAUGGACUGAGUUCCGAUUACUAUGAGAGCACUUGUCCUGAGGCAGAGGCUGUGGUGACAGAGGUGGUUAAGGCGGCAUCACUGGCUGACCAAACUGUUCCUGCGGGAUUACUCAGGAUGCAUUUCCAUGAUUGUUUCAUUAGGGGGUGUGAUGGAUCAGUGCUACUGGACUCAAAGAAGAACAGUGGGGAGAAGAAUGGACCUCCCAAUCUCUCUCUCCACUCAUUCUUUGUGAUUGAUGAUGCCAAGAAGGCUGUGGAAGCAAUUUGUCCUGGUGUUGUCUCCUGUGCUGACAUUUUGGCCUUCGCAGCCAGGGAUGCAGUUGUUGCUGCAGGGGGGCCUUACUGGGAUGUCCCAAAAGGAAGAAAAGAUGGGCGAGUGUCGAAAGCCAGUGAAACCCUACAAUUGCCAGGUCCUGCCUUCAACAUAUCUCAGCUGUACGUUAGCUUUUCCCAGCGAGGUCUCUCCAUGGAAGACUUGGUGGCUCUUUCAGGUGGACACACGAUAGGUUUCUCGCACUGUUCAUCCUUUGAGAGCAGGCUGCACAACUUCAACGCCACCAACGACGUGGACCCCACGCUGGACCCCACAUUUGCAGCCGGGCUGAGAAGGGCCUGCCCACUGGAAAACAAAUCUAAAAACGAUGGAACUGGAAUGGACCUCGAUUCCUCCACCUCCUUCGACAAUAACUACUUCAAGCUCAUUCUCCAGGGCAAAACCUUGUUCUCCUCCGACCAAGCUUUGCUCUCUCAUCCCAAGACCCAGGCUUUGGUUUCCAAGUACGCUGACUCCAAACAAGACUUUUUUAAGGCUUUUGCCGAUUCCAUGAUCAAGAUGAGCAGCAUAUCAUCAGGUGCCGACGGAGAUGUCAGAACUGAUUGCAGGGUAGCUAGCUAAUAAUCGAUUGAUUAAUCACUUAUUUUACCACCACACCAUCCAAAAGCCAGUACAUCUUAUAUAUGUAUGUGCUAUGAUCCAUUUGCAUGCAUGAUAGUCCAUAUAUAAAUAUGGGGUGUCUUUCUUAGCUUUCUUUAUACGCAAUAACAACUAAGCGCCAAGCAACUUAGGGUUGGCUGCGAGUUUCUUUUAUUGUUCCAACACAUUU